AUGUCAGUUAGAACUGGGGUAUCUGAUGAUGCUAUUGCCCUAUCAAGAACAUCUGAAAGUGCUGCAAUUGGUGUAACACUGGGUGAGCGGGAUGCCCACUCGAAGUUUGCGCAGUCCAAAGGACUUGAUAAAGCAGACUUCACUGCGACUUCACAGCCAGUAUUCACACAACACAUUGUAAUGUACGAUAAACAAGCUAAUAACGUUCCCAUUAAUGUACCAAACAGCUCAAUGCCGAUAACAUCUCAGUCGUACAAACCAGCUUACAGUCUGCAAUCGAUAAGUCAUCCGCCACUGCCCUGUAAAGCAACAACAUUUAUGUUGAGCAAUGCAGCUGUAACACCCUUUCGGUGCCUAGCUUCUAUACCACCCGAAGGUAGCACGAGGGCUCGGAUACUGCCAGGUUGCCCAAGCCUAGACACCGGAAGUCGAGAAACAGAGGUCGGGUUCGAACCACGGACCUUCCGGCGGUUUUCGGGGGCCGGUCGCCCUAAUCAACUGAAACAAUCUUCCUGGGUCUUUUCCAUUUCCUUAGCCUUCCGAGUUCACCAGACUUCACGAUCGGUGCUCACGCUCACUUUCAUUUGA